AUGAGGCCAAAGGAACCAAUAAAAAGGGAUAGUGGUUCCAAACCUGCUCGAGGGAGGGGUCGAGGCAUAAAUAACAUUACCACAAGGCUUCGUGAUGAAGAAGCUGUGAUUUCCCCACCUCCUAAGAGACCGAGAACCACCACCGCUAGAAAAAACAAAAAUGCGCCGCCACCACAGGACUCCUCCCAAUCUGAAAAGGAUGAGUAUUCAUUUGAAUCGGAGUCCGGUAAUACAGGGUCCGAGAGUGAAGAAUCCGGUAAUAAAGGGUCCAGGAGUAAAGGGUCCGGUAAAGAAGGGUCCGGUGGUGAAGGGUCUGAGAAUGAAGGAUCCAGUGAUGACGGGUCUGGUAACGAAGGGUCCGCUACUGCAAGCGGGUCCGAAGCUAAGGAUGACUCUGGUAAUGAUAGUGCUAUGGAAUGUAGCGGGACUGAACUCCGUUCUAAAAAAAAUGGAGGGUGA